UCAUCAGAGACUCGCGUAUAAAAAGUCGGGAAGGAGCGUCGUCUCCCGUCGACCAGCGGUUACCCUGACUUCCCCAGCCUUUAACGGACUGCAUGUGGACCAGUCCGUGUACAAUAAACUCUGUUCUCGUGAAGUUGACAUUGAUACAGAGUCCGAGGAGACGCAAAUAAAAGGAGGAUGGGUAACCGAGUCGUCCGAGAGGAUUACGAAUGGGUCUACACGGACCAGCCGCACGCCGACCGGAGGAAAGAGAUUCUGGCCAAAUAUCCAGAGAUCAAGAGUCUCAUGGGACCCGACCACAGGCUCAAGUGGAUCGUUUGCAUGAUGGUGGCCAUUCAGUUCUUGGCCUUCUACUUGGUCAAAGACUUGGACUGGAAGUGGGUUCUGUUUUGGACUUAUGCCUUUGGCAGUUGCAUCAACCACUCGAUGACUCUGGCCAUCCAUGAGAUCUCCCACAACACGGCGUUCGGCAACAACAAGGCCAUGUGGAACCGCUACUUCGCCAUGUUCGCCAACCUGCCCAUCGGACUACCCUACUCCGCCUCCUUCAAGCGCUACCACCUGGACCACCACCGCUACCUGGGCGGGGACGGCGUGGACGUGGACAUCCCCACCGAAUUCGAGGGCUGGUUCUUCUGCACACGCUUCCGCAAGUUGAUCUGGAUCAUCCUGCAGCCCCUCUUCUACGCCAUCCGCCCGCUCUACAUCAACCCUAAGCCCAUCAGUCACCUGGAGCUGGCCAACACGGCCAUCCAGGUGGCCUUUAACGUGGCCCUCUACUGGCUCCUGGGGGCCAAGCCUGUGGUCUACAUGCUGGCGGGCUCCAUGCUGGGGAUGGGCCUGCACCCCAUCUCGGGACACUUCAUCGCAGAGCACUACAUGUUCAUGAAGGGCCACGAAACCUACUCCUACUACGGCUCGCUCAACCUGCUCACCUUCAACGUGGGCUACCACAACGAGCACCAUGACUUCCCCAGCGUCCCUGGUCGCAGGCUGCCCAUGGUGAAGAAGAUUGCGGCGGAGUACUACGACGACCUGCCCAACUACUCCUCCUGGGUCAAGGUGCUGUACGACUUCAUCAUGGAUGACUCGCUCAGCCCCUACUCCCGCAUCAAGCGGACGUUAAAGGGCGACGUCAAGCAGGAGUGACCGUCCCCUCGCCUUCUGUUAGAACGACGGCUCCACCGCCCAAGCCUAUGAACUUACUAGCAUUUUUCAGAUUAACACAAAUUGAUAUGCCGUCUUUGGUUUUGUGUGUGUGUGUGUGUGUGUGUGUGUGUGUGUGUGUGUGUGUGUGUGUGUGUGUGUGUGUGUGUGUGUGUGUGUGUGUGUGUGUGUGUGUGUGUGUGUGUGUGUGUGUGUGUGUGUGUCUCUCCACCCUGGAAAGAUCCAAACAUGGUUGUGCUUGUGUCUUCUCACACAUUCACACCCAUAAUGAACUCUUCAGACUUUGAAACAUUUCAGUCCAACAUGUCUGCCAUCAUGUUGGCCCCACCCCAUUUUUGGAUAGUGCUUGGAAGUUUGUUUCGCUUUAGUUUGCAUUCUUUCAUUGCAACAUCCGCCCACAAAUGCAAAAACCAAAUGCAUAUCUCCAUGCCGAGUUUGCCGACUGUUGUCACAAAUGCAGAGGAGGUCCUUAAUUCCAUGUCACGUGUUUGAAAUCAAUGUUCAAUGAUUUAGCAAAUUUCAAAAACGUUCUAUUUUAAAUAUUGUGCCGUUGUGCCAGCCUUUUUGUUGCCUUAAAUUAAGGUACAUUAAGGCCCUUAAUGUACCUUUUUGUUUGAUGCCGACCAAAAAAACAUGGAUUUUGAAAUGCAGUGGCAAGAAGAAUUAUAGACUACAUGUCUAUAGCGUUAAGUUGCUGAUUACAUCUUAACUCAACCCGUCUUCUUAUAAAUUGCGUUAUCCUUCUUUUCAAGCUUUUUUUUUUAAUAUAUUGUUCCGAAAUAGUUUUAAAAAAUGUUAUUUAAAGGGAUACGCCGAGUCGCCGACAUAUCUGUAAAUAUGCCUUUGCCUAUCUUACCCAGAAUCAGACGCGUGUGUAAUUAUUCUACAAAGACACUGAUUACUUGUCACUGUCUUUGGCGCUGUGAUUUAUUGGGCUUGAUUUUGAAUCAAACAGCAAUUUACUGAUAUCUCGGCCUAUCCUUUUGAUUUACUCUAGGCGUCUCUGUGGGGGAGAUGCUUGAUGGAAGACCACUUGACCUGCCCCCAGUAGUGUCAGUAUUUGACUUCAUCUGCAAAACGUGUCUACCUAAAGUACUCAAGUGUACUUGAAUCAAAAUAUAUGCAAGCGACUAACUUACUGCCGUGCUAAAGCGGACUCUAUUCUAAUGUUCACACACUGAUUUCUUAUUCCCCUGUAAAGGGGGCGAUGGAGAAUAGUUGCUUAUCAAUGUUUUGAGCCUUUAUUUAUAUGAUAAAAGUAUGCUAUCCUUUGUCACGCUUAGCUAAAUCGAGCGUAAUUUUGAUUGCAAUCAAAUUAUUUUGUAUGUCUUUUAGAGAAGCAAUUCAUGGCCAAUGAGUUGUGUGGUAAUAUACAUUUCAAAUAGCUCUGUAGCGAUCACGUUGAAGCUAAAUGAAAUGAUUUUUAAAGCUAUAUGUAACGAACAAGGCUAUGUCCCUUACCUCUCAGCACUGAACUGUGAACUGAGAACCAUGUCUACAUACUAAUGACAUCUGAGAAGUGGUUUUUCUUAUCAUGCAUUAUUACUAACAGGCCGAUAAAUCUGUUUAUUUAACCUGAAUGUCUGCUAAUAUUAAAACACUUUCCCUAUGCUUUAAA